AUGGGCCUCUAUGCCGGGGUGCCUGGACAACAAGUCGACGUACUCGUCAGCACCAGUCUGUCGGAGAUCUGGGUAGUUGAAAGUAAUGGCUGCGGUGCAAGUGCCCUCUGUACCGCGGCUCGUGGCAAUGUAUUCAACAUCAGCGCAUCAACAGACUGGGAGUCACUUGGGGCUUGGGAACUCGGGCUGGAUUACCUCCAGCAGGUGGCGAACGGCGAUUACGCGACCGAAGCCGUUGCUGUCUACAACACUGUCACGCAGAACCAAACCAACUUGGACAAACAAGUCGUUGCUGCCAUCAACGAUACUGACUAUUACACUGGCUUCUUCGGUCUAGGCAUCACUCCCGGUCGCUUCAAAAAUACCGUCGUACAGAGCCCUAUAGCCACAAUGGUUGAACGAGAUGGAAUUAUUCCGAGUCAUAGCUACGGCUACACUGCUGGCGCAUAUUAUGGCGGCCAAUAUGGAACUCCCAUGUCCUUGGUGCUUGGAGGCUAUGAUCAGAACCGCUUCAUUUCACACAACACGGAGUUCAGCUUAAAUUCAACCACACGUCAGCCUGAAGCUCUGAUUAGAGCCAUCACAGCAUCAAUGUCGAGCACUGAUCAAGCUUCUGCCGGGUGGAAUUCGACGUCGAUCUCGCUCUCUGCAUUUGACGAAGCUGUUGUGGCUCUUAUUGACAGCUCGACGCCAUAUCUAUGGCUUCCAACCGUAAUUUGUGAUCGCUUUGCAGACGCCCUCAAUUUGACAUGGAACGAAACAUUUGGUCUUUAUACUUUUGCAAGUAAUGCGACCUAUGAGAGCUACUUCGACACCAGCUUGGCAUUUACGUUUUCCCUCUCCAGCAGCGACAACCGGGACAAUUUCGGAGACCCACUGAAUGUGGCUGGUGUUGUCAACAUAACAAUUUCCGCAAAUGCUUUCGCCCAAACUCUUCGCUACCCUUUUAUGAACUUAUUCCAAUACGGUGAUGCCGCAAUUCCGUACUUUCCACUCCGACGAGCGGACAAUGGCACUCAAAUCAUCAUAGGAAGGGCCUUUUUGCAAGAGUCAUAUAUGAAGACAAAUUAUGAGUCGAGCACUUUUUCUCUGCACCAAGCGUUAUUUCCAGACAACGCAGACACCAACAAAACAAUCAUCGCAGUCCAGAGUUCUGCAGACAAUCCUUAUCCAAGUGCAGCAUCUUCAUCCGGAUCCCCGGAAGGCGCACUAGGCACACCUGCCAUUGUGGGCAUUGUUGUGGGCGCUUGCAUCGUCCUAUCGUUCAUCGCAUUGAUUGUCUUCUGUGUCCGCAGGAGGCGAAAGCAGCAAAAGGGCACCAUGGUGGAAGCAGACAGCUUCAAGGACACUACCUCGUCUGUUGAGUCAGAAUGCCCGAGGACACCUGUGGCUCGGAUUUUUUCGAGAAUCACUAGGAAGAUCACAGGCAGGAGGAGUAGGAGGAUUCCAGCAUAUGAAGUGUCUGGCGAUACCGCCCAGCCCUUUGAAGCUGCUGGGCAAGAGAGAUAUGAGCUGGCUGUUCCGCCGCCGCCCGUGGAGCUGGAUGCGACUGAUGCUCACUCAAUCAAUGGUACCACUGAAUUUGGAACCGACGACACCCAUGAUCUAAGUCCGUAUGAGAUCGCACGACGCAAGAUGGAUAAGCAGCUCCAGGGCCCGGUACCGGAGUACACGCCUGGUCCAUCACCAAUAGACACGCAUGGAAACAGCUACGAGAAGGGCUAUCAGGAUAUUAGCUCUGUCCCGCAUCAUCGCCGGUCAGAUCGCUCUCUCUUUUCCGACAACAGAAGCCUUUCCCCUGCUUCAACACCCACGCAUGAUGAAUACUCUUAUCUAACACCCUCUCCAAUACCCUCACCAAUGACACCUCACAACAUGGACUGGCCGCCCAGUGAGAUGCCAAACAUCUCGUCACCGAUGCCAUUUGCUCCCCGAAGCACAUUACCUCGAUCAACAUCAAACCCUGGCUCCGGCUACGCACCUUCGUCGCUAAAUACCCUUGAACGGCGACGCUCUAUAAGCAGAUCUGCAUCAACCGCUGGGUCUCCAACGUCACCCAUGUCGCACUUUGCGCAACAUAUGCAUUCUUUCCAACGGACGCCCAUCGACCAGCAGAAAGUAGUGUGUUUAGGUCCGCUCCCAAGCAAUAUCCGACCGCCGGGCCCAACUGUACCACCUCGAUCAGGCAGUUCAGUCGGGCAAGACUUUGCGCUGCCCACAAUUUCUUCAGCAGCAGAAUCGCGCCGCCAAUCGAUAGCAGAAACGUUGGGCAGCAACUUUACCGUGGAAGAAGAGGAGAUCUUCAGAAACGAGAUUGAGCACAACGACACGUUUGGUGGAUAUGGCCUAGCGGGAGCAAUGAUUGAGGAAGAGGAGCCAGACCCCUCACCCGACCAUAUGACUGGAGGCCACGGUCAGUUGGAGCUGAUUCACAUUCCCGAGAGACCAAUCCCGGCGUCGGUUGUAUCUGAUGCAGGACGACUCCAAGGCAGAGUUGACUUUGUCCAUGUGCCGACACCAGUAGAUCCGUCGGUAACACCUACAUCAGCUACGCAACGCCUCAACGGCUUCGACUUGGUCCAUGUGCCUCAACCAGCGCAGAAGAGGUACAGCUGGGAAGCAAGCUCGCCCCAGUAG